AUGAAUUCGGCAACAAGUGACGAAGACGAAUUGGAACGAUCGACCAAUAGUCAAAAAUCAACUCAAAAAGUAACAUCGAAUAUUACAAGUUCACUUAAUUCAUUGCCAUCUUCAAUUAAAUCAGAUUUAAAUCGUGAUAAGAAGCGUAUAAGAACAGUAUCACAACCAAAAGGGACAACAUCGCAUACAGCUAAUAAUAAUGAUACGUUGGAAAAAAUUGCCUUGAGAUAUAAUACAACACCAUCUGAAUUAGUACAACUUAAUAAACUUUUAACACGAACAAUAUUUCCUGGUCAGACGUUAUUUGUACCUGAAUGUGAACAGCAAUUAACAUCAAGUAAUAACAAGACAACAGUUAAUCCUUUACCUGUAGAACCUUUACCUAAUGAUUUAUCAUCCGAUCGACAUCAUUCAACAUCAUCACAUGGUGGAAGUAUAAAUAAAACAUUUUCAUUAUCGACUGAUGAAGAAAAAAAUUCGAAAUUUAUCGUUAAUAAUUUUCUUGAAACGUCACAUCCGCAACAAGAUGUUGGACCAAUUGUUUGGUCACUUACUGCAAACACAAAUAAAACACCAACGCCAACAACAACAACAACGACAUCAUCCUCAGCUUCAUCAACAACUGCUUCAUCAUCAUUCAAAUUUCCAGCAACCGUUGCUACAACAGUUAUGCCUGGAGUUAUUCCUGGAGCAAGACCCGGUCAUGUUGAACGUCUAAAGAGCGAACCGAAAAGUACAAUAUUACCGCUAUUUGAAACAGAUGCUAUGGACGUAGACGACCACGAAAAACCGCCCACAUACAAUGAAUUAAUGCAAACAACAAAACAAUCGCAUUUACAACAUCUACAAAAAGCUUUAUCACAAGAUGAAAGUCAACAAUUAGAUGAAGAAUGUUUGCAACGCUUCAUCAAAGUGAAUGUCAAAUUAAUGGCAGAAAAUAGAUGUAGUGUUAGUGGAACAUUAUUAGUAACACCGAAUGCAGUUAUGUUUGAUCCUGAUGUAUUAGAUCCAUUAGUUAAACACAAUGGCAUAGAUAAAUAUGGACUUAUUAUUAGAAUGGAAAUGAUUGCUGGUAUCGCAUUAUACGAAGAUAUAGCAAUGUAUGAACAUGAAGCAACAGCACGUGAUUUAGAGAAAAAUAAAUUGUGUCAUUCAACAAGCAUACAACAAAGUCUUCAUGAUAUUGAACAUGUGAUGAACCAUACAAGCGAUUGUGAAACUGACGUCCAACAUACAAUUGAUUUUAUAUUGGAGUCAAUUGAAAGUAGUUUUGGUGAAAAAACGUUAAAACAUCAAUCAUCUUCAACGUGUAUGGUUUAUAAUGCGUCUCCCACACAUCAACGCCAAGAAUUAUUCACAAAAAUAGAAUCGUAUACCAAUGAGAAUGAAAAUAAUUACAUGCCAAAUACCAUGACAACUGAUAUGAUUGACAUGUUUAAACCAAUUGGCGAUUUUAAACAUUCAAUAACUAUCUUAUUAGAAGAUGAAUUUUUAAAAAUAAAAACACAAAAAUGUCAUCUUGAAAAUUGUGUACCCAUUGAUGGAUUAACAAAGCGAUUUGGUGAAAUAGAUGAACUGUUACAAAAACAACAAGCAAUGUUUGUAUUACCGGUGAUUGAAAUUCCUUAUUAUUUAUGCGUUAAAACGACAACAGUUCAACCAAAAAAACAACAGACACAAUCAAAUUUCGGAGAUGUUUAUGGAAAAAAGCAGUUAGAUAAUGAGUAUUGGUUUUCAGUGCCGAAGGAAAAAAAUGAACGUCAGGAGUUUUCUUUUGACAAAAUGAGUACCACGACAAUUGAAGAUAGUGAUAGUUUUGUUGACAUCGAUCAAUUACCAUCAGAUGACGAUAAUAAUCAUCAUCACAACACCGGUCAUGAUCAUUCGUCAAUGCAAGAUGAUAAUUCAAAAGGUUUUGUAUUAUUAGCAAAUGAUGAUCCAGAAUUAACAAAUUCAAAAUCAUCACAAUCAAACCAUUAUUUAAGAAGACAAAAUACAUUACUCAAAGAAUGGGAGUUUCAAGUUAUGAUUAAUAAUAGAAAAAUACCAUCACUAUCCUCUUCUUCACCCGCAACAUCUUCCGAUUCUCAAUCUUCAUCUCCAUUAUCCAGAUCAUUUUGUACACAAGAAGAAGAAGAUCAACAACAAUCGGAACACUAUCAAGUUCGUCGUCGUAUAAAACCAAAUGAUUGUUCCGAAAAUAAUAGACGUUUUACAUUACACGGUAUAUUGCCAAUCAUUGGGAAACAAUUAUCGGAUCAUAUUAUUACAUCUAAAAAGUCUUUACUCGGACAAAUAAAUGAUAUUAAAGACAAACCACAACAACAGAUAGCACGUUUGAGAAAACGAGCAUCAAGUCUAAUGCCAUCACCAUUAUUUCUCGAUAGAAAUGAUAGAAGAAAAUCGAUAAUAAGUGUUGAUGAAAUCUAUCGACGUAUAAAUUCAAAUAAUUCAGCUACACUUGGUUUUGGUAUAACAGCACCAAAACUUUUACAACCAUCAUUAAUUUUAUCCGAAGAGCAAACAAAAGAAAUUUUAGUUGAAUUACCUGCUCGUGUUCAUGGUUCAAAAUGGAAUUUAACAUUUUCAACAGAAAAUCAUGGUUUCAGUUUAAAUGCGUUAUAUAGACGAUCAAUGGAACAAGAUUUAGAUAGUACAUCACUUUUAAUUGUCAAAGAUGUUGAACAGAAUAUAUUUGGAGCUUUUCUAUCUUCACGUUUAAUGAUUAGUGAUGGAUUUUAUGGUACUGGUGAAUCGUUUUUAUUCACAUUUUAUCCAACAUUUAGGGUUUUUCAUUGGUCCCAUCAUAAUUUAUUCUUUAUCAAAGGUGAUUUACAUUCUCUUGGUUUUGGAAGUGGAGAAGGUACAUAUGGUUUGUGGUUAGACUCUGAUUUAUAUCAUGGUCGAACGUGUCCAAGUAAAACAUAUAAUAAUGACUAUUUGACACGUAGUGAAGAUUUUAUUGUUAGUCAUGUUGAACUAUGGUCAUUUAUUGAUUAA